AUGAGUAGACUAUCAAUUAGACCCCGUCCCCUUGACUUUAACAAGAAGCUGCCCAUUGUAAAAUCUGUAAAGGAUUUCGAGGAUGAUAUCGACACACCUACCAAUACCCGCAACUCCCAAUUUCUCCGGCUUGCAGCUGAAGCUCCAGACCCGGAGGUGCAGCAAGUUUCUGCCAAGAAAUUGGCUUCUGAAAUUCCUACUCCAGAGUAUGUAAUUGUAGAUACAUAUGAAAGAGACUAUUCUCGCACUUUCACUCAGCCAACAUCAUAUAUACAUGCAAGGGGAGCUCGGGCUGAAAUUGGAGAGUUUGUGGAGUAUGAUCUUGACAAUGAAGAUGAAGAUUGGCUUCAUGAGUUCAAUAAAGAAAGGAAGAUCCUUCCUGCUGAAAAACUUGAGAUAAUCCUGUAUAAAUUGGAAGUUUUAGAUCACAAGGCUCGGGAAAGAGCAGGAGUAAUUACACCAACUCUUGUAUCACAUAUCCCCGUGCUUCUCAGUUUUGAUGCUGCCAUUGAGGCUUUGCAAUCUAUUUCCACAACAUAUGGAGUUUUUCAGUCUAUAUAUAGCUACUGGAAAGAAAAGCGGGAACAUUGGCAGAAGCCCAUUCUUCGGCGCUUACAGCCACCUCCACCUGUUAAUGAUACCAACCCAUAUAAUGUAUUUAGGCCUAGGGAAAAGGCUCACAGACUCCACACAAGAAGGAUGCAAAGGAGGGAAAACAAUGUUCAAUCAUUUGAAAAGCUUCGCCAGGUUAGACGCAACCUUGAACAAGCAAAGACCAUUCUUGAGGCUCUCGUCAAGAGAGAAGAGAAAAAGAGAGAAGUUAUGGAGAGUGAAAUUAGCCUUCAGAGACUUCAAAUGAAACAUAAGAAUGAAACUGAGCUUCUUGAAGAUAGCUUCGCCCUACCAGGAUUUCAUUCCUUUCAAAGCAAGGUUGGUUCAAGUGAGGAUGAGUUUGUUGACUCGGAUGAUGUUGCUGUUGGCCGUCCAUAUGCUCGGCCUUCUAUGGUACAAUCUAUGCCUUUCACAGACUCAAAGAUGGUGGCAGUUUCCACUGGAAACGUAAGACGGGACUUCAAACGACGCCAGACCCCAUAUGGAUGGCUCCAAAAAUUGGAUCCUAAUGAGCCAGUUCUGCUGUUCACAAAACCUCUGGAUCCCGAGAAACUGGCAGCUGCAGGCAUUAAGCCACCAACAGAUUCAUCAAUGGCCAAUGGCAUACUAGGACGCUCAUUAAAUUUGCGUGGACGAAUUGGCAGGGGUGGCCGACUGGUGUUUGACAGAUGGAAUCCACUUAUGCAUACUCCAAUCGAGUGCGGCGAUUCUUUAUACCUACCACCAAAGCCCCGACCAGCCACUCAUCGCUGAUAUUAAUGUUAUUUCCAGUUCUUGAACUUGGAAGAGUAUGCUUGUGCAACUAGCAUUGUAUUCUCAAGGUUCCCUUUGUACAAUUAGUGGUAUUGUCUUGUUUUUUCGAGGCUAGUGGGUAGAAAGGAACAUGAUGUUUGAAGUAAAUGCUUAGAUAGUGUAUGCUUUGUUGUAAAUGAUUGGAAUUGCAUCAAAGGGAGGUAGCAUAGCAUAGCAUAAUUUCUCUAUUGCUGUAAAUUAUGACAUUUUAAUUCUCUUUCUCAUCAGUUUCUCUUGGACCUUGAAAUUAUGCCAACCUAUAUUGGGCAUUUUCUACAA